CUUACUGCAAGCCUAUUGUAACUUACAUCAACAAACAUGACGGCCUACGUACAAGACGCGAUCGUGCUGCUAGGCGACUCCAUUACCCAGUUUGCUGCCAGCCCAGAUGGGCUUGCUACCAAGCUCACAGAGGCUUACUCGCGCAAGAUGGACGUGAUCAACCGUGGUCUCAGCGGGUACAACACCGACUGGAUCACCCCCGUCUUCGAGCAGUGCUUCCCAACGCAGCACGAAGCGCAGCACGCCGCGAAGACGCGCCUGCUCGUGAUCUGGCUUGGGGCGAACGACGCUGCGCUCCCGCACAGCGUGCAGCACGUCCCGCUCGCGCGCUACGAAGCGAACCUCGCCGCGCUCGUGCGCGCCGUGCGCUCCCCCGAGUCCCCGCGGUACUCCCCAGACACGCGCGUCGUGCUGCUCACGCCGCCCCCGGUGCAGCCCGCGCGCUGGGCGGCGGCGCUCGCGGGGUUCACGGGGAGCGCGGUGCAGGCCCCGGAUCGGAGCUUGGAGGAGAGCAGGCGGUAUGCGGAGGGCGUGAGGGCGGUCGCGGGAAGGGAGGGCGUCGCGGUCGCGGAUGUGUGGGGGAAGAUAUGGGAGGCGGCGGGUGGGGAUGAGGAGAGGGUGGGCGAGUUUUUGGUGGAUGGGCUGCAUCUGAACGGGAAGGGGUAUCAGGUUGCGUAUGACGCGUUGAUUGCGGCGAUCGAGGAGAAGUACCCCGAAUAUCACUAUGACCGUCUGCGAAUGGUCUUCCCGGAAUGGUCCGUCAUUGCUGAGAAUGUGGAGAACUAUCGCGAGCUGGCGAAGAAGAGGAGUGCGUUCGGCAACUAAGCACCCUUGGGUCAAAUGGGCAGACAAGGCAUGUAUGGGUGAUUAUGUCACAAUCAUGGAUGCAUUAGGGACCAACACAACGUGUAAUCUGUACCGGUGAAUCAGCGUUUGGUGUAAAACAAUAGCGAGAGCAGUUCGAGGGUGCGACAGAGGGAACGGACCUAGAUAACUAUUAUGGUCAUAUCUGAGGAUGCGGUAUAAGCAAGGGAGGACCAAACACAACACUUCCUGUAUACAGUCAGGAAAGGAGACGCCUCUACGAGAACAUGGGAUACGUGUGAUAUAGGUGACAAUACUGGCACGGAACCGGGGAGACGUCAAAUAUCAGUCAAAGUGCAUAUAAUGGCCCUUGACGCGCAUCCGGCACUGUUCACAGUCCGCGCGAGGGCCCAUGGUGAAGCGCUGCCGUUUCGUCGUUGCAGAAGUUGGUGUCUGCUGCGACUGGGCAUUAAAGCCUGCGUGUGGGGAUGAGGUAG